AUGUCAUAGUAAAGCUCUUUUAUAGCAAAUCCAUUAAAUGAUAGUUUAAGUGAUGAUAAUGAAAAAAAAUAUAUUCAUAAACAUUAAUCAGAUUAAGAACAUUAAUAAGAAGAAUGUCCGAAAAAUCCAUUAGAAUCAGAUGAAGAAGGAAAUGUAUCAGCAGUUUUAUAACAUUUAAUCAAUGACGAUUGUAUUCGAUAAAAUUAUUUUUAGAACAAGAUCAAUCUUCCAAAAGCAAUGAAUUAUCAAAUCCAAUGAUGGAUUAAGAUCCUAUUUCAUUAGAAAAUGUUGUCAAUCAAAACUUUUCAUCUAUUGGAUAACAAUAUCAUGUUUGUUAAACAGUCUUAGAUUGCAAUAAAACAAUUGAAUUUUAAUAAGUCUAGAAUCCACUAUAUUCUUGUGAUGAUUUAUUAGACCCAAGAUAAAGUUACAAAGACAAAUCAAAAGAUAUCAUAAAGAAUCUUGAUACUUAAUUAGAAUAAAUCUAAAAAGAGAACUUAAUGUUGAAAAGUAUAAUUAUAUUUAUAAUUGAUUCAAAGAGCAAUUACAAGAAUAAGAGAUGUUUCUAACAGAACAAACUAAAAUAAAAGAUCAUGAAAUAGCAACUUUAUAUUAAAAACAUAAAAGUUUGAUCGAUGAAAAUUAUUAACUGAAAGAAAAAGUCUCAAAUUAAUAAAAUGAGAUAAAUUCAUUAUAAUAGUAAGUUAAAAAACUAUAAUCAGAAAAACUAAUAUUAUAAAGAUCUAAAACAGGAGCUGAAACAACAAGAUAUGAUCCAUAAGUAUUAAUAUAAAUAUAUUAAGGAGUUGCAUAAAGCAACUAGUUUAAAUGAUUAAACUAUAGCAACUUUAAGUGCAAAUUAAUUAGAAGUACGAAAAAUUCCAACAUUAAGUAUUGAUAUUCCUUGUGCAUUUUCUACCAGAUCUAAAUUAACCAAUAAAAAUUAAUUUAAUUUUUAAAAUGGAACAACUAAAACCCAUCAUCUAACAAGUAUUAGUUACAUACUAACUGUAAGCUGAGGAAUCCAAUUCAUAAAGACUUCAUAAAAUACCCAAAAACUAAAAAUCCUUAUAAGAUUUAAUCCAUAAAGCAUAUAUAGGGACUGCAUUUUCGAAAACAAAUAGUAUAAAUACUAAAUAGUAAUAUUAGCUGCAUCCUUGUAAAAAGUUUAAGGCUAAGGCUAGCUUUUUUUUGAAAGUAAUUCAGCAAGACACAAUUAAUAAUAAAUUUAUUUUGCACCUAAACAAUGA